GACAGGUGCUGCAGGCGGCCCUGCGCGAGGACCGGCCCCGGCCCGGCACUGCCACGAAGAUGCUGCGCGAGCGGACGGUGCGGCUGCAGUACGGGAGCCGCGUCGAGGCGGUGUACGUGCUGGGCACGCACCUCGGGACCGACGUCUACAGUGCAGCCCCAGCUGGGGCCGAGACCUUCAGCCUGAAGCACUCGGAGCACGUGCGGGUGGAGGUGGUACGUGAUGGGCAGGCCGAGGAGGUGGCCGCCAACGGCAAGCAGCGCUGGCCUCUCUCGCCCAGCACCACGCUGCGGCUCACCAUGAGCCAGGCGAGCACGGAGGCCAGCAGCGACAAGGUCAUUGUCAACUACUAUGAGCAGGAAGGGAACACCCCCAUCGACCAGGCUGGGCUCUUCCUUACAGCCAUUGAGAUCUCCCUGGAUGUGGAUGCGGAUCGGGACGGCGUGAUCGAGAAGAACAAUCCGAAAAAGGCAUCCUGGACCUGGGGCCCCGAGGGCCAGGGGGCCAUCCUGCUGGUGAACUGUGAUCGAGAGACGCCCUGGUUGUCCAAGGAGGACUGCAGGGACGAGAAGGUCUACAGCAAGGACGACCUCAAGGACAUGUCCCAGAUGGUCCUGCGGACCAAGGGCCCGGACCGCCUCCCCGCGGGAUACGAGAUCGUCCUCUACAUUUCCAUGUCGGACUCGGACAAAGUGGGCGUGUUCUACGUGGAGAACCCGUUCUUCGGCCAGCGUUACAUCCACAUCUUGGGCCGGCAGAAGCUCUACCACGUGGUCAAGUACACGGGCGGCUCUGCGGAGCUGCUGUUCUUCGUGGAAGGCCUACGUUUCCCCGACGACGGCUUCCCAGGCCUGGUCUCCAUCCACGUCAGCCUGCUGGAGUAUAUGACCGAGGAGAUUCCGCUGACACCCAUCUUCACGGACACCGUGAUAUUCCGGAUUGCUCCGUGGAUCAUGACCCCCAACAUCCUGCCUCCCGUGUCCGUGUAUGUGUGCUGCAUGAAGGACAAUUACUUGUUCCUGAAGGAGGUGAAGAACCUGGUUGAGAAAACCAACUGCGAACUGAAGGUCUGCUUCCAGUACAUAAACCGAGGAGACCGCUGGAUCCAGGAUGAAAUCGAGUUUGGCUACAUUGAAGCCCCCCACAAAGGCUUCCCCGUGGUGCUGGACUCCCCCCGAGAUGGAAACCUGAAGGACUUCCCAGUGAAGCAGCUCCUGGGCCCAGAUUUUGGCUACGUGAGCCGGGAACCCCUCUUUGAGCCUGUCACCAGCCUUGAUUCCUUUGGGAACCUGGAGGUCAGUCCCCCAGUGACCGUGAACGGCAAGACAUACCCCCUGGGCCGGAUCCUCAUCGGGAGCAGCUUUCCUCUGUCCGGCGGUCGCAGGAUGACCAAGGUGGUGCGGGACUUCCUGCAGGCCCAGCAGGUGCAGGCGCCCGUGGAGCUCUACUCGGACUGGCUGACCGUGGGCCACGUGGACGAGUUCAUGACCUUCAUCCCCAUCCCGGACACAAAGCAAUUUCGGUUGCUCAUGGCCAGCACCUCGGCCUGCUACAAACUCUUCCGGGAGAAGCAGAAGGAAGGCCAUGGGGAGGCCAUCAUGUUUAAAGGCUUGGGCGGGAUGAGCAACAAGCGCAUCACCAUCAACAAGAUUCUGUCCAAUGAGAGCCUUGUGCAGGAGAACCAGUACUUCCAGCGCUGCCUGGACUGGAACCGUGACAUCCUCAAGAAGGAGCUGGGACUGACGGAGCAGGACAUCAUCGAUCUGCCUGCUCUGUUCAAGAUGGACGAGGGCCGCCAGGCCAGAGCCUUCUUCCCAAACAUGGUGAACAUGAUCGUGCUGGACAAGGACCUGGGCAUCCCCAAGCCCUUCGGGCCCCAGAUUGAGGAAGAGUGCUGCCUGGAGACGCACGUGCGCGCCCUGCUGGAGCCCCUGGGCCUCUGCUGCACCUUCAUCGAUGACAUUUCUGCUUACCACAAGUUCCUGGGGGAGAUCCACUGCGGCACCAACGUCCGCAGGAAGCCCUUCGCCUUCAAGUGGUGGCACAUGGUGCCCUGACCCACAGCGGGUGUCGUGUGCCGGCCUCAGCCUACCAACAACCAGCGUGUGGCUGGACCGGCCCUGUGGUUCUUGUGAUUGCAAGAAGCCCCUCAGCGAUAAGCAUCAAGAAAUUUUGGGAAGAAAAACAAGUGUAUUACCUACAGGACCUGGAAAUGACACAGCACACCUGGGGCCGCCCAGAGAGGUCGCGGGGAGGGAGAGCAAGCACACCGGCCUGGGGUUCCGUUUUUAUUGGGGUCGAGGGUUGGGGCCUAAGGUUGCUCACUCUCUGUUGGCAAAUUUAAAACGUAAGCGUGGGGUUUUAAAGCGUGGAAGAGGAAAGCCAAGCUGCCCAAAUGGUCAGUUACCGAAAUCAAUCAAGACCUUUCAAACAAAGGAGCCUGGGUGCGAGGGGUCGGGGUGUGGCCGGCAGUGAGGUUGCUGGAGGUGGCCAUCACUGAAGUGGGUGCCCCAGCAAUCAGAGCUUCAGCCAGGCACUGCGUGGCGAAAAAAGGGAGCACUCAACUG